AUGGUCUUACAUAAUACUGAUGUGACUUUCAAGUCAUACAUUUACGUCACUGCUAAUUUAUUGGCUAUUUAUUUUGUUAUUUAUCAGCACUUACAUUUAAAUUUGGUAGUUUCGAGAUCCGCAUUUGAAACUUAUUGGCCUACGUCUUCAGGUCCAAAUGUUUUGAUUUUUACUCGGAUCAAAAAUAAAUGGAGUAAUAUUGAUCAACAAAAAUAUACUACUGGGAUUUCAGACAGAGAAGUUCAAGAAGUCCUUGCAGAUAUAAAAGAUGAAAUCCUAAUACUUAUUGCUAAUUACUUACUUUACCUUUCUGAAGAAUUAGCAGCUUUGGCUUUAUUUGAUUCGAGUGUUUCACUGGAAAUAAAAAUUAGAAUGGCAACUGCUAUAAAAUCCCGAGAAAGUAAUCUAAGUCAUUUCGUUUCUAAAAGAUCAUUGGUGUUGUUUGAACGAUUUGGAUUGUUUACUGAGUUUCUUGAUGUCGACAUCACUUUAUGGUCUAGUCACAGAAGCUUUCAUAAAAAAUAUUCAAUUUUUUAG